CUAUCCAUCGCUCAUGUUACAUGUAUGCCAAAGCAAGCUGAAAUAAAUUUUGACGGUGAGCAUUUUGUACUCGAGUUGUUUUGAAAUCGGCUAUGGUGUUUUUUACUUGCAACGGUUGCGGUGAAUCUUUAAAGAAAAACAAAGUUGAUAGACAUGCAUAUUCAUGUCGGAACUGUGAAUAUUUAACGUGCAUUGACUGCUCAAAAGAUUUUUGGGGCGACGACUACAUCAACCACACCUCUUGUAUAACUGAAGAUGAGAAAUAUUCUGCUUCUGGAUUUGUUGCAAAACCAAAUAAAGGAGAAGUUAAACAGCAGGAGUGGAUUAAAAAGAUCACCUGUGCUGCUGCGACUCUGACGAAUCAAAACAGUGAAGUAAAGAAGAUCUUGGAUCAACUCCUUAACUAUGAGAAUAUACCAAGAAAAAGAGGAAAGUUUUUGAAUUUCCUUGGAAACAGUUUAAGGAUACGAAAUCCAUCAAUCUCAGAAGAGGUUUGGAAUAUUUUUUCAGCUGUAAAAACUUCAAAUGAAACACCUCCUGCAACAAAUAAACGAGAAAACAACCCUUUACCUACCUGUGACAACCAAGAUGCGAAGAAAAAAACAAUUAAACGAAAACGUGACGAGGCGAAUCCUAAGUUUAAAAAGUCAAAGAAACAAAAACUUGAAGUUGUGGAUGAAGGAUCACAAGUCAACUGUGUUAAUGCAGAUGGGAAUGAAGUCCCCAAUAAAAAGUUUCCUUGGAACAAAGCAAUUCGUACGUGUUUGAAAGCUCAAGAAGACCGGCAACUAUCAAUAAAAAGGUUAAAGAAAAAGGUACUAAGAGAGUACCAAGCUUUCAAAGAAGAUGCCUCCAAGUCAGAAAAUGAACUGAAUGUUUUAUUUGAAAAGAAAAUUAAAAAGAAUCCUAAGUUGUUUGUAAACAAAAAUAAAGUUAAACUUUUGUAAAAAAAUUGUGGCUUGCAGAAAAGUAGUAAAUGGAUUCAGACAAAUAUUGAUUAUAGUAAAGCUUCAAGCUCAUCAAGCUUUUUCAUUGCUUUAGUUUUCACGUUAUCUACUUCAUUUUUCUUACUAGGUGGUGUUGAUUGACACUUCUUUUCUUUCAUUAAUUGUGCCUUAUUGUUUAACAUUUGUAACUUCUUUAUGGCUUUUGAAGCCUCUGUCAGUUUUUUGUCAAUAUUCCGAUCAUCCUUGUUUGAUUGUUCAAGUUUAUCGAUAAUCUUCUUGGCUUCAAAAGACAAAGACUUUGGUUUGCUUGCAGCAACAUAAACAAUAUCUUCUUCUAAUACUUUUGUUUCUCUCUGUGAAUGCAAUAGUUAAAAUAAAAUAAAUUUAAUGGGGAACU